GCAGUGUCCACAAUCGCAAUUCCAUCCAAUCACAAACCACCACCAUCAAAUCACAGCUCUCUCUCUACACAGACACUCUCUCUGUUUUGCUCUCUCUCUCUUCCUCUCUCUGUGUGUGUGCAGAGAUUUUAGGAAUAUAAGAUUCAUUUCCUGAGGUCUGGAAGUUUGCUUUUCCCAGUCUCGCCAUCUUCUUUAAGCUUUCUUCCCUUUGCUUUUGGUGCUCACGGUCACAGACCUCAAGGGAAAAGGAAAGCGAGCAGAGCAUCCUACUUUCCCACCUUUUAUUUCGUUUCUGCGAGUCUCCCAAUUUUCUCAGAAGGAUCCUCUUGUGUUAGAUUUCCAUUUCCUUGCUUUUGCCUGCUCUCUGACUCUCCAGCUCUAGGAGUCUCUCCGUUUCACUUCUGGGGAAUUUUUUUUUCUGGGUUGUUGCUGUUUUGGUUUCCCGGAAAGUUUAGUGGGUUCAGACGUUGGAGAUUCCUUAGGGAAGGGGUGGCUAUUGCGGAAAAAGUAUUCUGAUUCCUCCCAAAAUGCUCCCAGAUUUAACCCUCAUAUCGCCAUUGUAAAACUCUGCAUUUUUCCGUCUCCACUGUUUCGGCACAUUCAAAAAUCUUAUCUUUAUGAAUAAUCUUCUACCCAAAUUUUCGAAUCACUAGAGUGAUUGAUUAUCUUGGUUUUGAUCGGUAAAAAUGGAGAUUCUAUCGCCCGCGUCUUAUCUUUCAAGCCCGAACUGGUUGCUUGGAGAGAGCAGGAGCACGAAAUGGACGCCGGCAGAGAACAAGAUGUUCGAGAAUGCCCUCGCCAUCUACGACAAGGACACGCCGGACCGGUGGCUCAAGGUGGCGGCGAUGAUCCCCGGAAAGACGGUCGGGGAUGUAAUUAAGCAGUACAAGGAAUUGGAGGAUGAUGUCAGCAGUAUUGAGGCUGGGUUGAUUCCUAUUCCUGGGUAUAGCCCUUCUCCUUUCACAUUGGAGUGGGGGAACGGCGAUGGAUAUAACGGGUUCAAGCAGGCUUUUGCCGCCGCCGGCAAGCGGGGCGCAUCGGGCCGGCAGUCGGAGCAGGAGAGGAAGAAGGGUGUUCCCUGGACCGAGGAAGAGCAUAAGUUGUUUCUGUUGGGUCUGAAGAAGUAUGGAAAAGGAGACUGGAGGAACAUUUCUCGCAACUUUGUGAUCACCAGAACCCCAACUCAGGUGGCCAGCCAUGCCCAGAAGUACUUCAUUCGGCAGCUUUCCGGUGGAAAAGACAAGAGAAGAGCCAGCAUUCAUGAUAUAACAACUGUGAAUCUCAAUGAUGAUCAAACUCCCUCGCCGGAGAGCAAAAGACAGCCGUCGCCGGACCAGUCAUCCGGCGUCACCCAGCUCUCGGAUUCCUGCCCGAGCCGGAGAGCACAUUUCCGAUGGAACCAACCAAGCGAUGGAGCAGCAAUGGGAUUCAGUCACUCAGCACAAGGAAACAAUAUUUUCAUGGCUCCCCAUGGAAUCAACUCCAACUCAUUUGGGCUUAACAAAAUGCAGGCUAUGAAUGAAUCCUCAUUCAUUGGAGCCAAAAGCUGGGCUUUCCAGAUGCAAUCUGCUCACCACUACCUUCAUGGAUGAGAUGAAUUAAAGCCCCAAAUGCCUCAUCUUCUUUAAGUUCAGUAGCUUGCCUGUGUUUGUGCUUUUGAUUUCUUUUCCUUUGUGUUUUGUGAAUACAGUUAAUUUGGGACAUUGGAGCUUAGUAUUUAGUCCUUGAACAUGAAGCAGAUAGGACUAUGUCUUGCUUGGGGCUUUAUAUUCUGAAAUGUGAAACCAGUCAAGACAUUAUCAGAACUUAGGCUCCCUUGUACCUAAUGUUUAGCACUCAGAUAUAUCUUAUAUUGAGAUAUAUUGUAGUUAACAAAGGGCCUGGUUACGAGGUCUGAUUACCUAUCUACAAAGGAUUUUUAUAUUAUAUUAUAUUAUAUAUAUAUAUAUAUUUGCUGGAUGUCUGCCAUAAUUAGGUUUCUUCCUUUUUCAUUUUUUGGCCACUCAAAUCGUAACUUGAUCUAUGAUCAAAUUUGGUUUCUACUUCAUAGGCUAUCUAGUUUGGUAUGAAAUCGGUAGGGUCUAAAGCUAGUUUUAUGCACUUCUUGAUUGCGUAUUGGACAAGAGCUGAACAAAUCAAUUUGAACGCAGAGGGCAAGUCAUUGGAUACUCUUCUUGGAAUUCAAAGAGGCUGAGUCACAGGGCACUCUCCAUGGGAUUCAAUGGGCACCCAAUUGCUUGCCUUCCUGCCAUUACAGCUUCCAGAGCAUACAGUUACCUACCUGAAAAUACAUUCACUGAAAAUGGCCUACUUGACCAUGCUUUGAGUCUACAUUCCACUAAUUGGAACAUCACACGCUUCUUCAUUCUACCCCUCUUUCUUUCUUUUAUUUUUUAAUUUUGAUUUUAAUGAUCUUCCUUUACAAGAUCUUUUGCAAAGAAGACGAUCCUACAAAUAGCAGGCUUAGAUUUGGAUUAUACCAAGGAAUAUGUGGUAGAGAG